CUAGAAGGUGGGGUUACCUACCGCAGAAAGUUGCAGAGCAACAUCACUGCUGGAGCACGGUUGCAGAUCAACAUCACUGUUGCAGCACUUUUGCCUCGGUUUAACAGGGCAGGGCGACACUUUUGAACCUAUUUUCAAAAGGCUACACUUUCCAAAGAGCAGGUGUCUACAAGUCGGCUAUACAUCUUCCACAUCAAGAUGUUGGCGUGCACAGAGAUGAUCACGAUGUGCCUUCAGUCGGCGAAAAAUAAGCAUCUUCGCGCUCAGCAGGAACAACUGCAGCUACUGCAUAGCCCUGUUAAUGGACUUCCAAUUUUGAAAGAUAUUUUCUGCCGCGCUGACAAAAACGAUGAUGGAAAACUGUCGUUUGAUGAGUUCAAUGCUUAUUUCGCAGACGGGAUUCUCACCACUGAGGAGUUGCAGGAGCUCUUCUACUCCAUAGAUGGGCGGCAGAAUAACAACCUAGAUACCGACAAACUAUCAGAUUACUUUGCUCAACACUUGGGGGGAUAUGUGAAUGUCCUCUCUGCUCUGGAGAUCCUAAAUGUUGCCAUCUUGAAGGCUAUGGACAAAACUAAAAAGGAGUACCAGGACUCCUCUGUGCUGGGACAGUUUGUGACCCGCUUCAUGCUGAGGGAGACCUCCAGCCAGCUGCUCUCUCUCCAAAUGUCCCUGCAGUGUGCCAUUGAGGCCGUGGAAGAGCAGAGCAGGCCCGCACCUGUUCUACGUGCUGCAGUGCCCUUUGGGGCUUCUACCUUGCCCAGCAGGAGAACUGUCCCAGUCAUACACUCCCUCGGCCCUGCGGAUAGGAGAGCGGUGAAGGUGGUGGAGCAUCCCUCAGCGCAGAGAAACAGCAGACGAUGUGGCCGCAAGUUUCAGAAGAACAUGUGCCUCUCCCCUAUCCACCCCUACUCAGGCAUCCUCACUACAGGAGUGACCAUGGAGAUUAAUGACCACUGGUGCUCCCAGAUCAACAGGCUCCAGCAGCUAUUGGACAAGCUGGAGUGGCAGGGUCCAAAGUUGGAACCCCUGAAAGAAGAUACGCUGGCCAGUACAUACAAAUCUAACAUCCUGCUGGUGCAGACGCAGAUGUCGGCAACGGAGGACCUCGAGGAGUUCCAGAAGCUGCUCAAGAGCUAUGUGGACGCCACGUCCAACCACAGCGACAACUUGCAUGUGUCUAUCCAGAAGCUCCCAGGAAAGUCGUGCUACAUAAUGUAUGAGUUUUGGCAGGAUCGUAUCUCCUGGAUGAGCUACCUGCAGUCCAAUGCCAGUAAGAAAUUCCAGCGCUGUGUCAUUGAUACAUUGGAGGAUUCCGAGCUUGUGUCUACCAUGCUGCUCCCAGGUAAACUCAAGGCAUCCUGGUGGAUUAUGACUGACUAACUAGCAGCUGAUCAUGUAUCCCGCCCCCCCACACACACACAACACAACCUCGAGACAAGAAAUUCAACAUUUCAUCCAAGUUUUUCGGUUCAAAGCUACCGGACACGCAACACUGUGUUAAAACAGCAUCUUGCGGCAUCUUUCUUAUGUACCAGUCAAACGUUUGCACACACCUACUCAUUCAAGGGUUUUUCUUUAUUUUGACUGUUUUCUACAUUGUAGAAUUAUAAUGAAGACAUCAAAAUUAUGGAUUAAAACAUAUGGAAUCA